AUGCAAGUGAAUCGGCCUCGUGCUGUGGAUCUUCAGCACCACGGCCCACCAAUCAAUUUAGAAUAUUUAUUCCUCUGGCUCGACACGUGUCGUGUCAUGUUCGUCGGCGUGGUCCACAGCGCCUUGCUGCAUGCGUGCGCCGUCCACAAAAAGACGCUGCAGGAGACCCCAGACAUGCUCGAGGAGAUCCGGAGACGGCCUGCGUCACGAGGCACCGAGAGAGGGGCCCGAUGGGCGCACGAGGCGGUCGUUGUCCACGUGGCCCGACCUAACAAUACCGUUGUUCUACAUUGCAGAUAG